CUUAGCUCGAUCAACAUGUUCGCUCUGGUGGGUGCAUUGCUACUGGCAGUAGCUGUGAGUGGAGGUAGCCAGCAGAAAGAAAAGCGCGGCAUCUUCUCCAGCGGCUACUACGGCUCCAGCCUAGGCCACGGGGCGGUCCUUGGAGGCGGGGCAGGGCUAAUAGCCGGAGGAGGCGGCCUCGGAGGUGGCGCUCUGGGUGGCGGCGGCGGCGGCCUCGGCGGUGCCGUCCUGCUCGGAGGUGGUGGCGGCGGCGGUGGUCUGGGAGGCGGUGCAGGCUCCGGCACCAUCAUCCGCCAGGACGUCUUAGUGCACAACAGGGUGGCGGUUCCGGUUCCACAGCCCUUCUCCGUGCCAGUCGAUAGGCCAGUACCAGUCGGCGUGCCACAGCCAGUAUCCGUACCAGUGGACCAACCAGUACCAGUACCAGUGCCCCAACCUGUACCUGUACCAGUUUUCAGGAAUGUUGCCGUACCAGUUGAGCGCCCUGUACCAGUCCCAUACCCCCAGCCUGUCCCGUACCCUCAGUCUGUACCAGUUCCCGUUUCAGUUCCUCGACCAGUGGCAGUUCCUGUUAUUAGAGACGUACCCGUCGCUGUUCCCCAACCAGUGGCAAUCUCUCAGCCAGUACUUGUGUCAGCUGGUGGCGGUGGAGGUUUCGGUGGUGGCGCCCUCGGAGGCGGUGCUGGACUUGGAGGCGGCCUUGGGGGCGGCCUCGGAGGCGGCAUCGGAGGUGGAUACGGUGGUGCUUACGGUUAUGGAGGAUCUAUCAUCGGCCAUGGAAUUAGUGGAGGCUUCUUGAAAUCCAAAUACCAUUAUCAUUAACAGAAAUGACUCAGCUGCGUUAACUUCUAGUCCCCUCUACCUGUUGUCC